GAUUCGAAAUGCUUCAAAACAUUUGUACACCAUCCAUAAGGAUGAAUAAAUUUUUGUUUCAUUUGCUCCUCUGAGCUAGUAUAAAGAAGACGCGUUUACUAAUUAGUCAGGGAAUUUCCCAUGCGAUGACGAUCAAGUGAAAUGAUAUUAACGACGAAAAUAGCGCAUCUAGUUAGAAUGAUGUUUGUGUACUUGUUCCAGUUUUAACUAUAUUGCAAGGGAAAAUGUGAACAGGAACAACGAUCCACAAUUUUAUUUGUGUGCUAUAGUGCUAAUAAUAUCAACAAAAAAAAAACUUUUUUUAAAAAUCAAACUUGACAGGCAAAAAUUGUGACCAAAAAACCUGUGAUUUAAAAUUGAUAUAUUUCGGAAUUGUUUGUUUGUUUGUUUUUUCUUCGUAAAUUAUAAUCGGUCUAACCGCCAUGUCGACACAUUGUAAUUUCAAUCAUCUAUUAACGCCGCUCAAUCAAGAAUCCAAUGGAAAGAUGAUAAACAUUCCGUUCGACAACACAUUGAUCUCAUCGGGGAAAAACAUUCUAACGCCAACGUCGCCGACAUCCCCAUACUAUUUAUCGCUACAACAAUUUUCCUGUCAAGUAUCACCGUUAAACAUACCGACCAUCGACUAUCUGCCUGAUAGUAGUCCGCCGACCGGCGAAAACGAAAAUAAUUUCUGUGACUUUUCAUCGUUCGUUGAUACGCCCGAUUCGGUGUUUUCAUCGAAUACACCGUCAUCAUCGCUGUACAACAACAAUAAUGACCAUCACGGUGAUGUAUUCAAAUUCGAACCGGAACACAUUGAGCGCAUCCAACAGUCGUUCAAAAGCAAUAAAUCUAACAUGAGUUACUUUGAAGCUGAGUACUUUAAUUAUGAUGAAAUAAAUUGCCAGUCAAAAACACACUCGCCAUGCACAUCGCCAGCCAUCGAUCCGUGGAUGUGUGCCUCUUUGAACGGAUGUUCGGCAUCAUCACCGAAACAGAGCAACACCGUCACACUUCCGUCGAUCAAAACAUUUUCCACACACUUUCACAAUUGCGAUACAUUACCGAUACCAGACUUUUAUGAUGUUAAUUUUCUGGAUGAAUGUACGCAACAAAACAAUGAUCCGCCAAAUGAAUACAUUCACGAUAAUUACAAUGUUGGCGAAAUGGAAAAGCCGAAUCGUGAAUUUAAAAACAUUUGGACACAGGACGGUGAGAAUGACGAUGUGUAUACAACGGCGACAUUGAAAACGGAAGAUGUUGAUCCGUGUGGACCGUUAGAAUGUCGUUGGGCUGAAUGUUUUGAAAUGUUUCCCGAUCAGAAUGCGCUGGUCAAGCACAUCGAAAAGCGACAUGUCGAGCAGAAGAAAGGAGACGAAUUUUCGUGUUUCUGGUUGGACUGUGUCCGUCAAAAUAAGCCGUUUAAUGCGCGAUAUAAGCUGCUGAUUCAUAUGCGUGUUCAUAGCGGUGAAAAGCCAAACAAAUGUCCGUUCAACGGCUGUAAUAAGGCAUUUUCACGUCUGGAAAAUUUGAAAAUUCAUCAACGAUCACACACUGGAGAACGUCCAUACAAAUGUCAGUUUGCUGGCUGCAAGAAGGCGUUCAGCAACAGUUCGGAUAGGGCGAAGCACCAGAGAACCCACUAUGAUACGAAACCCUAUGCAUGCCAGAUAAUUGGAUGUACGAAACGCUACACCGAUCCAUCCAGUUUACGUAAGCACGUAAAAAAUCACAAUGCUCGAGACCAAACUCAAUCAAGACGAAAAUCCAGCCGUGAUUGCAGUUCGCUAACGUUAAUGAAUUUACCUUUGACGUCGAAGCAAAGGCGUUACUCAGAAUCAUCGGUGUGUACAUAUUCAUCCGAAACACCUACACCAACUCCGACAUCAACAUCACAAAAUAACUUUGUGUUCGACGAUGUUUUCGAUGAAUUUGUGGAAAACCAACAAGAUGCAGUUGGCAGUGAUGAAAUUAUAAAUACAAUGAAUUUUAAUGAGAUGUCUGACUGUAUUGUUACAAUUCAAAAUAACCACAGUGAGGAAUCCGAACAGCAACAACACCACCACCACCAGGAAUUUAAAUUGAAUUCGGUAAUAGAUGACGAUGAAGUUCAUGGUGACGAAUUUGUUUCAUUUGAAUGUGUUAAGAAGUUACUGGGUGAACAAAAUAUGGACUACAUUGAGUCAGCCAUACAAAGCCAAAUCGGAAUUGAUUACUUUACUGAAGUGGCUUAAAAGAACUUUGAUUGUCUCUCGUUGCUGUUUCUCGGUUUCUUUUGUUAAAUUAAUUAUGUUAUUUUUCGAAUGGCAUAUAAAUGGAAUAAUUAGUUCAAUUCGUAAGGCUUUAAUUAUCUGAAAGACCAUAAGGUUAGUUCUUAGGCUAAAUAGACAACAUUUAUGUUAAAACUUAUUUUCAUUUUUUUUAUUUCCUAGUUUAUUAUUGACUUCAUUAAAAUUAUCCAGAAAAAAAUUUAAAAUUUUAUUUAAAAAAAUGUGAUGGAGGACAUGACUAGCGGGGAAAUGUCUCCCAUUCAUAAAUGAUGUACGGUGAAAUGUGUGAUUUCGAAGAGGAAACGUAUGCAAAUGAAGAACGAAUGAAAAAGUCCAAAGCAUUUCCGUACAUCAUUUAUGCAUGUGGAUAUUAAAAUGCUCACCGAUAGUCAAAUUUUCUACCGAAAUUUCGAUUCGUGAUAGUUUUUAAAAUUCUGUAUGUUUCAAAGACAUUUCUUUUCUUGAUAUUGUAUCGUAAAGUUUUUUUUUUAAUUAUUUUGUAUUUUAGUUUUAGUUUUAAACUUUAACUUUACUUUAAAAUGUA